AUGCAAGAUUAAUAACAAGAAUAAAGAAAAUCAACUGACCUCAUUUGUUUCUGGUGUUUUAGUAUAUUUUAAGCAUUUUUCUUCUGUAUUACAAUCUAUGAAAUUUUAAAUGGUAAUCCAGCAAAAUUAGGAUUACCUUAUGAUCCUGAUCGUAAGCAAUUAAUUCAAAUUUUUUUUUAGAUUUAUCUUGUGGCUUUGACUUAGAAGAAUUCAAAUAUAUAUACUUUACUACUCCAUCUAAUAAUUUUCUAUUUAGAACUGUCUGUUUGAGUGAAUGUCCAAAAAAUUAAUAAAUAUGUAGAAUCUAUUACAUAAAAUAUAGCUAAACUAUAAUGUUCUCCAAAUUCAAUAGUAAAAUCAUGUCAAAUUAAUCCAAGUGUUACAAAUAUUAGUGAAUCUGUUCUUUCCUAUCCUUCAGAAAUAUGUAAAUAAUUUUAUCAUUUAGAUAAUAGUUAAAUAUGCUUACCAAAUAAUCCAGAUUAUUUAAAUGAAAUAAAAGAAUUGAUUGUUCCUAGUACUAACUAAAAUAUAGGUUCAGGUCUAAGAGACUUGAAAUGGAUUAUACUAGGAGUUUCUUUAAUUUCAAUAAUAAUUAGGUAUUAAUUCAUAAUGACUUGAAUUAGUGUAAUAGUACUAUUAUUCAUUGAAAAGUAUAGCACACAAAUAUUCUGGGGUUAUUUUGCAAUUAUAGUAUUAAGUUUGUUCUCUUUGUGCCUUUUUAGUUUAUAACUAUAUUAUAAGACAGAAUAUCUCUUAGAAAUGGAUAAAUAGCUUUAAGUUAAUUAAAUAAUUGCAUUUGCAAAUUCUCUACAGAUAUCUGAAGAAUUAUACUAAGUUUUCAUCAUUAUAUCAAUCAUAGCAGUAAUAUUAUGUAUUAUUUAUGCUAUAUAUUUAAAACAAUACACAAAAUUAUUAAAUUUAUUUCUAAAAGUAGGUGGGGAUUUCAUUAAAUCAAAUAUUACAAGUAUUAUUGCUCCAUGUGUAGGAGCAUGCAUAAUUCUUUUAUAUUCAUUUAUUUGGAUUUAAUAACAACUCUAUUUAUUAUCUAAUUUAACAGUUUAAAAUAGCAAAUAUCCAUAUCUUCAAAUAAAUUUAAUGUCAUAAGAUCAAGCAUUUAUUAUUAUCAAUACAAUUAUAUACAUAUGGACAAUAAUGUUUAUCAUAGGACUAACUGAAUACUUUAUUAGUGGAAUGGUAUGUGAAUGGUACUUUUAACAAGGAAAUAGAGUAAACUUUUAGAAGAAAAACAUUUUAUUAGAUCUUGUUCAAUAUCAUUUAGGGUCUAUUGCUCUUGGAUCAAUAUUAAUUUCAAUUUUUUAAUAUAUUAAAUGGAUAUUAAAAGCGACAAAAAUAUGUUAAGGAUUUUAUAACCGUAUAAUUUUAGCAAUCUCUAAACAUAACUAUGUCAUUAUGCAUAUUCAACCAAAUCAUUUUUUAGAUAGUGGCAUUGUAUCUAGAGAAUUAAUAAUAAAAGAGAUAGAUACUUAUAACAAGAUAGGAGAAUUAGGAUAGGCAUUCUUAGAGAUUUCAAGAUUGAGUUUGGGAUUAUGUUGUCAAUCAAUUUGUAUGGCUAUCAUCUAAGAUCAUCCAUAUUCAAUAAUACUAUCAUUAUAUUGCUUCGUGAUUUCUUAUAGUAUUACAAGCUUGUUUAUGUCUUUAUAUGGAUAAACUUCAGAAGCUAUUUAUAUGUUGUAUUUAUAUAGUCAAAAACAUCUAACACAAGAGGACAACCCUUAAUGUACAAUUGUAAAAAUAAUUUAUAUAAUUAUAGACUUUAUAAUUAGUUUUUAAUUAGUUAAAUGAAGAUAAUAAUCAUCAAAUAUAAUGA